GCAGCCCUGGGGCUCUGCGGGACCCUGUGCCUGCUGCUGCCGCCGCCCGCCGCCGCCUGGAGCCCGGCCCUGCUGCCGCCCGCCGCCCGCAGCAACUGGUGCUCCUACACGGUGACACGGACGGUGUCGUGCCACGUCCAGAACGGGACCUUCCUGCAGAGGGUGUUCCAGGGCUGCCGCUGGCCCCUGGCCUGCAGCGGGGGCAGCUACCGCGCCGUGGUGAGACCACUCUACAGGGUGACCUACAGGACACUGACGGCGCUGGAGUGGCGCUGCUGCCCCGGACACGGCGGGCAAAACUGCGAGGAAGCAGGCGAAGCCCCGCGGGGGGGUCCCCCCGUGCUGACCCCCCUUUCCUCGGCUCGCCCCUCGCUCACCCUGCGGGACCCCAGCGCCGCCCCUCGCCGGCCCCCCCUGCACCCCGCGGCCUUCUCAGGGUGCCUGAACUGCAGCCGUGUCGGGGAGCUCACAGCGCGGCUCGCCACCCUCGAGGCGCAGGUGGCGCGGCUGGCGGUGGCCGAGCCCCCCAGGGGCAGCAGCCCGGGCAGGGCGCCCGAGGCCGGGCAGCUCUGGGGGUCCCCGGCCGCCCGAGGGAGCCCCGGCGAUGACGGGAGACCCGGCUGGAGGGGCCCCCCCGGGCCCCAGGGCGGCGCGGGAGGACGGGGAGUGAAGGGGCCCGCGGGGCCACCAGGUCCCCCCGGCCCCCCGGGACCGCCCGGCCGGGAUGGAGCCCCGGGGCUCCCCGGAGAGAAGGGGUCCCCCGGGCCCCCCGGCCCCCCGGGCCCCCCUGCCCCGCUGGGGCCCGCGAUCCCCCGGCUGGCCGAGCCCGGGGACCCCGUCCUGUCCAACACCUUCACCGAAGCCACCAGGAGCGUCGUGGGGCCCGUGGGACCCCCCGGACCCGCGGGGCCGAUGGGUCCCCCCGGCCCCCCCGGGCCCGUCGGUCCCCCCGGGCCCCCCGGACCCGAUGGCAGGGAAGGAGCGCCCGGAGCUGCGGGGCCUCCGGGGGACAAGGGGGACACGGGUCCCCAGGGCCCCCCGGGCAGCCGCGGGCAGGACGGGGCACAGGGCGAGCCGGGCCCCCGGGGCCAGCCGGGCGACAGGGGCUCGUGGGGGGAGGGUUUGCACCAGCUCCGCGAGGCGCUCAAGAUUUUAGCGGAGAGGGUUUUAAUCCUGGAAACAAUGAUUGGACUCUACGGCCAGUAGCUUCCAAACCCUCCUGCGGCAGCAGGCCCGGCUGGAGGUCCUGGCUAGAAGGGUCACCUUGCUGGAAGCC